AUAGUGAGUGAGUGGUAAGAAAAAAUAUGGCUCACAUGGCUUCAAUAAUUCCUCUGCCACCUUCUCUGUUCAUACGUUUGACUCUUCCCUUGACACACCGCCAUCCCCUUGUCUGGGUUUGCGUGUUUUCUGGGGCAAUGGGAAUAGGAGCAGACCCAUGAAACACAAUACAUGAGGAAGUGAAGAAGAUGAGGGCGUAUUGUAGCUUUGCUCUUUCCUGCAAGUCUUUCUUGCUUUCUUUUCCUCUUUUCUUCACCGUCUUCCUGCCAUUAACUUCCUGGGCUGUUUCCGAUGAGCUUCUCAGGGAGUCCCGGCAGCUUCUGUCCUUCAAGAACAGUCUUCCCAAUAAAGAGGCGCUUCAUGACUGGGUAUCUUCUGCAAACCCAUGUAGUUUCACUGGAGUCACAUGCACGAGCGGCUUCAUCAAGAUUUCCUCCAUAGAUCUCAGCAACACCAUUCUCGGCGCAGACUUUUCCUUGGUUUCAUCCCACUUGCUGACUCUUCAGAGUCUGGAGAAUCUUGUGUUGAAGAAUAGUAACCUCACUGGUUCUCUAACUUCUGCAUCAAAAGCACAGUGUGGGGCUUCUUUGGAACAAGUAGAUCUAGCUGAAAAUGCCAUUUCUGGGCCUGUUUCUGAUAUCUCUAGCUUUGCUGGAUGCUCCAGCCUCAGGUCACUUAACCUCUCCAAGAACUUGAUGGAGUUUCCUGAGAAAGGAGCUAGCUUUGCCAUUGGACUUAGACUUCUUGAUCUUUCUUACAAUAAAUUAUCUGGGAAAAACAUCUUUUCCUGGCUGGUGCCUUCUGAUUUUGCUGACCUUGAGUUUCUAUCUUUGAAGGGGAACAAGAUGUAUGGAGAUAUUCCUGAAAUGGGUUUCAAGAACUUGACAUUCUUGGACCUUUCAGCCAACAAUUUCUCAGCUUUCUUCCCUUCAUUUCAAGAAUGCUCCCAUUUGGUGCACCUGGAUUUGGGUAUGAACAGUUUUUCAGGUGUUGUUCCUGAAAGUAUUGGGUCUUGUUCUGCAUUACAGCUUCUUGACAUAUCCAACAACAAUUUCUCUGGUGAGUUGCCUGUUGAAACUAUCCACAAGUUAUCCAGCUUGAAGACUAUGGUUCUCUCUUUCAAUAAUUUCGUUGGGAAAUUUCCCAGGGAGGCAUUAUCCUCAAAUUUGGAGACAUUGGAUUUAAGUUCUAAUAAUCUCUCAAGCUCAAUCCCCCCUGGGAUUUGUGAAGGUCCUAGAAAAAACAGCUUGAAAGUUUUGUACCUUCAGAACAACCUUUUCACUGGUUCUAUACCAGAGAGUUUAAGCAACUGUUCACAAUUAAUCUCCCUUGAUCUCAGCUUUAAUUACCUUAGUGGUAGGAUACCCUCUAGUCUAGGCUCAUUGACAAAGCUGAAAGAUUUGAUUAUUUGGUUGAAUAUGCUACAGGAGGAAAUCCCUCAAGAACUUGCCUAUCUGCGGGCAUUGGAGAAUUUGAUUCUUGAUUUCAAUGACUUGACAGGCUCAAUCCCUGCAAGUAUUAGCAAUUGCACUAGUUUGAACUGGAUUUCCUUGUCGAAUAAUUUCUUGAGUGGAAAGAUUCCAGCUUCUCUGGGCAGUUUAUCCAAUCUUGCCAUUCUAAAGCUUGGGAAUAACUCAAUCUCGGGUAAUAUCCCAGCCGAGCUUGGGGAUUGUACGAGCUUGCUAUGGAUUGAUCUAAACACGAAUCUCUUGAGUGGGCCUAUCCCGGCUGCUUUAUCAAAGCAAUCUGGCUACAUUGCGGAGUCGUUGCUAACUGGGAAGAGGUUUGGGUAUAUCAAGAAUGAUGGGAGUGAGAUUUGCCAUGGAGCCGGGAACUUGCUUGAGUUUGGAGGGAUUCGACAGGACAGGCUGGACAGGAUUUCCACCAGGCACCCUUGCAAAUUCACUAGACUUUACAAAGGCAUCACCCAACCGAAUUUCAAUCAUAACGGAUCCAUGAUUUUCCUUGAUCUGUCUUACAAUAACCUGCAGGGUGGCAUUCCUAAGGAAUUAGGAUCAAUGUACUAUCUUUUUAUUCUGAAUUUGGGGCAUAAUGACCUGUCUGGUCCGAUUCCUCCCGAACUCGGAAGCCUGAAGACUCUAGCAAUUCUGGAUGUAUCACAUAACCGUCUCACUGGCUUGAUUCCGCAAUCUUUGACCCGAUUGACUUUUGACGAGAUUGAUCUUUCAAACAACAAGCUCUCUGGACCAAUACCUCAAUCAGCAGCUUUUGACACCUUUGCAGCUUACCGGUUUGCCAAUAAUUCUGGGCUUUGCGGAUACCCUCUUCAGGACUGUGGGUCCGGUUCCAGUUCAAGAACAAAUUGGAACCGCAAGUCUCAUCGUGAACAAGCGUCCUUUAUCGGGACGUUGACGAUUGGGAUUUUGUUUUCCUUGAAAUGAAGAAGAGACGCAAGAAAGGAGAGGAGGAGAAUGAAGGGGCAGUGGCGGCUCGUCCAGCUACUAAUGCAAACAGUGGGUGGAAGCUAACUGAUUUUCCGGAAGCGUCGAGUAUAAACCUGUCUACAUUUGAGAAGCCUCUAAUAAAGCUCACUUUGGCAGAUCUGAUUGAAGCCACAAAUGGCUUCCACAAUGAUAGCCUUAUAGGGUCGGGCGGUUUCGGCGAUGUCUACAAGGCACAUUUGAAGGAUGGUAGUGUUGUGGCGGUAAAGAAAUUGAUCCACAUCAGUGGUCAAGGAGACAAGGAGUUCACCGCAGAGAUGGAAACUAUAGGCAAGAUUAAACACCGCAACCUGGUCCCGCUUUUGGGCUAUUGUAAGGUUGGGGAAGAACGGCUGUUGGUUUACGAGUACAUGAAGUAUAGAAGUUUAGAGGACGUUUUGCGUGACCGGAAGAAGAAGAAGAAGGAGGAGAGUGUCAAACUAAACUGGGCUGCCCGACGGAAAAUCGUGAUCGGAGCAGCAAGAGGGUUAGCUUUCCUUCACCAUAACUGCAUCCCGCAUAUCAUUCACCGGGACAUGAAGUCUAGCAAUGUGUUGGUUGACGAUAACUUCGAAGCAAGGGUUUCGGAUUUCGGAAUGGCAAGGCUAAUGAGUGCAAUGGACACUCACUUGAGUGUUAGCACGUUGGCGGGUACCCCCGGAUAUGUCCCGCCCGAAUAUAACCAAAGUUUUAGAUGUUCAACUAAAGGCGAUGUUUAUAAUUUUGGAGUGGUCUUGCUUGAACUGUUGACAGGAAAACGGCCGACGCAUUCAGCGGAUUUCGGUGACAACAAUCUUGUAGGAUGGGUGAAGCUUCAGAACAAGACGCAAAUCCGAGACGUGUUUGAUCAAGAUUUGUUUAAGGAUGACUGCUAUCCGAGCUUAGAAAAAGAGCUUGUUCUAUACUUGAGAGUGGCAUCCGAAUGUUUAGAUGAUCGACCAUGGAAACGACCGUCAAUGGUUGAAGUUAUGGCAAAGUUCAAAGAAAUUCAAGCGGGCUCAGGAGUCGAAUCGUCGCCAACAGUGGCAGUAAACUGCGAUGACCUUAGUGAGAUUGAACUGAGCAUCAGAGGGAGUAUAAAAGAAGGCAAUGAGCAGAGUAGUAAUCAGGCUUAGUAUGAAGAAACUGUCCGUGUUUUUGGACAUUGUUAAUGUAUGGACCACUAGCCCCUUUAAUAACAAUUACUCCGCAUUUGGUAACUCAUAAACAUUUGAUGAACUUUAUACGUAGUACUACGUAGUAGUUAAAUCAGUUCGUUUGCUCUUUUUUCUUCACCUGUAGAAAAGAAAUCAAUGCCUAUAAAGUUUGAAAAACUUUGAAUGCCUAUAAAAUUU